UUUCAAAUGAUAAAAAAAGAAAAUUGUUAUAAAACUAAUUUGGAUAAUAAUAUUUUGAUGGUCGGUUUGGUUUUUUUGUCAUAAUAUAUUCAUAAUCUACUAAUAUUUUAUUUUAAGGCCGCAAAAAGCACAUCUAAGCAAGGACAAAGACGUCGCUAAUCACAUUUUUUUUGUAGUCAACUUCUAUAAAUUAAUAAAUUCCAAAAAUAUAUAUUUUUUUUCAAAAAACAAGAACACCCAUUUUCGAUAGUCAACAUGUGAAUGAGUUGGCAUGUCAUGCUUGACAAGAUGACAGCAACCAAAAGUCAAUACUGGCAAUUUAUUUCCUAACCGGCGGCCACAGGCUUCACCACCACAAUCGUCACAGCCUACUCACUGUAGCCACCUCCUGCACACGGCGUUUCUCUAUGCAAGCCCUUUCUAUUCCAAGUUAAGGAAUCAUAAAUCAGCUUUUGAAGGCUAAAGGAAGCUCUUGUGACUAUUGGAGUUUGGAAUUAAAUGGCGAGUGAGAGCAAAGCUGUGGCUGAUAAAUUGUUUCCCCUAAUUCCUGUAUCCCAGAAUGCGAGUGGCUUUCAUUUGAAGAUAUCUGAGAGCUACCCUCAAUGGAAAGAUCAGAUCACAUUUAGAGGAUUGAUUGUGAGUGCUCUGCUGGGGACUGUGUUCUGCAUCUUGGUGCAUAGGCUCAGUCUAGCAACUGGGAUGGUUCCUGCUUUGAAUAUAGCUGCUGCAUUGCUUGGUUUUUCCAUUAUCAAGAUGUGGACUGUUUUUCUAACAAAGUUUGGUUUUUCUAGUGUCCCCUUCACUAGACAAGAGAAUACUGUUAUCCAAACUUGUAUUGUUGCUUGCUAUGGCCUUGCUACUAGUGGUGGAUUUGGUACAUAUUUGCUUGCCAUGGAUGAGAGAAUAUAUCAACUUAUAGGUGUUGAUUACUCUGGCAAUCAGCCAGAGGAUGUUAGGAAUCCAGGCCUGGGAUGGAUGAUCGGUUUCUUGUUUGUUGUAAGUUUUCUUGGGAUUUUUAGUCUUGUUGCGCUACGCAAGGUUAUGAUCAUAGAUUUUAAGCUUACUUAUCCCAGUGGAACUGCUACAGCAAUGUUGAUCAAUAGCUUUCACACACAUGCAGGAUCAGAACUUGCAGAGAAACAAGUGAGUUUUCUGGGCAGAUAUUUGACUUUGAGUUUCAGUUGGAGCUGCUUCAAGUGGUUCUUCAGUGGUGUUGAGGAUUCAUGUGGAUUUAAUCAUUUUCCAAGCUUUGGCCUGACACUUUUUGAUCAUUCAUUCUAUUUUGACUUCAGCCCUAGUUUUGUUGGAUGUGGUCUUAUCUGUCCUCACAGAGUAAACUGCUCUAUUCUUCUAGGGGCAAUCAUAUUUCAGGGAUUUCUGCUACCAUGCAUUUCCAAAUAUUCUGGGGAUUGGUAUCCUGCUUACCUUCACAGUGGUGAUCUUAAAGGUCUUGGUGGAUACAAGGUUCUCAUGUCAAUUUCACUUAUUCUUGGCGAUGGCCUUUACAAUUUGAUCAAGAUAAUAGCAGUUACUCUGAAGACAAUGCACAAUGGCACUGUGCAGGAUGACCUUCCUAUCUAUGAGAACUAUAAACUAGAUAUGGAACAAAAGCUAAGAGAAGAGGUAUUCCUCAAAGAGAGAAUUCCCUCUUGGUUUGCAGCUGGUGGAUUCAUAAUUGUGGCUACAGUUUCAGCAGCGACAUUACCAUUCAUCUUUCCACCACUUAAGUGGUAUGUAGUUCUCAUCUCUUGUAUUAUUGCACCCAUCCUUGCCUUCUGCAACUCCUAUGGCACUGGGCUCACUGACAUGAGCAUGCUCUCGACCUACGGAAAAAUUGGCAUUUUCAUUAUUGCUUCAUUAGUUGGAAGGAAUGGCGGAGUAAUAGCUGGCUUGGCAGCCUGUGGUGUUAUUGUAACCAGUGCCUCUACUGCAGCUGAUCUCAUGCAAGAUUUCAGGACAGGUUAUCUUACUCUAUCUUCUCCAAAUGCUAUGUUUGUGAGCCAGUUAGCAGGCACAGCAAUAGGUUGUGUUGUUGCCCCAUUAACCUUCUGGUUGUUUUGGACUGCUUUUGACGUUGGAUCCCCUCAUGGACCUUACAGUGCUCCAUAUGCAAUUCUGUUCAGACAAAUGGCAAUUCUUGGCAUUGAGGGCUUCUCUGAGCUGCCUAAGUACUCCCUAUGUAUAUUUUGCAGUUUCUUUAUCUUGGCUCUGGUUAUGAACAUUCUGAGGGAUGUAAUUCCCUUGAAAAUAUUUAGAUAUAUUCCUAUUCCAAUGGCAAUGUCCAUCCCAAUUUUCGUAGGAGCUAACUUUGCCAUUGACAUGUUUGUUGGGACAUUGAUAUCAUAUUUUUGGGAAAGAAGAAAUAAGAAGGAUUCAGAGGAUUAUGCAGGUGCAGUUGCUUCAGGUUUGAUAUGUGGUGAUGGACUCUGGACAAUACCAUCAGCUAUCCUCUCAAUUUUCAGGAUCAAUCCCCCUAUUUGCAUGUCUUUUAGGCCUUCUUGGAGUGGCUGAACUGGGAAGUGUUAUUGUCCAUUAUAGGGCUAUAUAUGUUCUAUGAAUUACUGUAAAUUCUUAUCAUUUUUCACUUGACAGCAACUUGCUCUCUUGCUCAGUUGGGGUUCUGAAACUUGGUAAAGUCUUGAAUUCUUAA